GCGCCUUACAGUGCUCAAAUUAAUGCUGCUGCUCCCAUCCUCCGUUUUAUCGUUCUUUUUACUAGAAGUACUUCUCUUAUGUGAAGCUGCAUUCAAUCGGCAUCGAAGGCUGUUCUUGGGAUACCCCAGACGGAGAGUGUUUGGAGGGGUUCACAACCGAGUUUUCACCGGUCAUCGAGGAAAUUUCGGUAGAGGGAUGCAUGGAGGAAUUGGGAGAAGUUUUCAGCCUAGGCAAGGAGGAAUUCCAAGAGGCUUUCAACCCUCGCAUAGAAAUAUCGGUAGAGGGUUUGAUCCAAAGUACCAAAAAGCUUUGAGAGGCUAUCAACCUCCGCGUGGAAUAGGCUAUCAACAAACCUACCAGAGAACGCAAGAAAGGUUUCAGUUUUCUGGAGGAGCUAGGAGAAGCUUUCAGCAAAGCUACCACCAACCGGGAAGAAAUCCAGGCUACAGAUGGGUUGGUAAUACUGGAGUCAACCAUAUGGGACAUCAACAAGAACUAGGUUACCGUGGUGGUCAAUAUCAAAAUUCACAGUUCCGUGUUAUGGACCAAAGUGGAGGCCGUUCUUCUGCACAAGGACUCCCAAGAAGCUCUUCACAAGAGUUUGGAAAUCACUAUGGGAAUCUUGGAAGAGGCCUUGGAUUGGGCUUUGGCAGAGGAAGUGCUUUGGCAAGCGCCCUUUCGGUAAACCCUGCAGCAGAACUAAUAGGAGCAAGUCCAACAUUGAAUGCACUUCCCGCUAACCCAGAAGCUCCAACAUCUGAAGCAGCAGAAAGCCCAGGAACAAGCUCUCAAAUAACCGCAACUCCUAAGAACUCAGAAGGAGGAGGAAAAGGAAGUGGAAGUGGGCAGGGAUCCUCAAGUUAUAAUAGAGCCAAUUCCUACGGCGACUACGAUUACGGUGGUGAUAUUUUCUCAGACUAUCUCACUUUGGAUAUACUACAAUCGGUGUUUUCUGGAACAGCAGAAGUGGUGGGAGCCGCUGCACAGGUCGUCGAAGCAAAAGCGAUGCAGAUGCAAGAAGCGCAAAGUCAACAGACAACGCAGUAUACACAGGCACAGAGCCAACAAAGCCAACAAAAUACGCAGUCACAAUCUUGCACGGCGGAGUUUGCUUACACUGCCUCUAAUGGCGCUGCUGUAUACAAGUGCGACUGUUCCGGAUCGACCUCAUAUCAGUACUAUAGAUGUGUGCCACCUACCUGA